AUGAGAAUAGAAUUCCAUGCUGAAAAGGCUUUUUUCAAAACGGACACCAUAGACCCAUUCACAAAUCUACCGGUAUAUGUAUUUGAUUCCAACUAUUUACCAAACUUUGAAGAUGCAAACCUUGAUCGGAAAACAUUUGAACAACUAAUAGUUAAGGCUUUCAAAAGAAUAAUAACUAGAAUCCCAAAACAUCCAUAUGUGCUUACAUGUUUCACUUCAGGAUUUAAAAAUUUUAACCAUACCAAUAAUUCUUGGAUUACUUGUCUGAAAUGUUAUCAAUUGUUACCAGAUGAACUUAGAUCUCAUUUGAAAAAAGCUUACAUUGUCCAUGAAUCAUGGCUUGUUAGAUCAAUGAUUCAAGUCUUACAAAAUGUGUUACGUAUCGGAUUCUUCAAGACUAACUCAAUCAAUGGUGAGAAAUAUGAUAGAUUAAUUUAUUGCAACAAUUUAACAGAGUUAUCAAGACACAUAGAUAUAACCAAGAUCAGAAUAAGUUUAGACGUUUACUUGUAUGAUUCACAGCUUGAGGAUAGAUUAAUUAUCCCAUAUACAACUAAGCACAAUUCAUCAGAUUAUAGGAAAUAUAAAGAACAAAUUUUUGAAAGAAUAACAACAAGAUUAUUACUAGAGGGAGCAGAGUUUGAACUUGUCUUCACAAAGCCUGGGAACCAAAAGAAACUAUCUAUUUUGAAUGAAGCAAUUGAUCGUGGGAAUUAUCUUGAUGUUUCACAAUGGGAUAUUUAUGUCAUGGGAUCCUUAUAUUUAUCAAUAUUAAGAAACGAAAUUCCAACUUUGAUACCUAUUGAUUCAAUCCAAUUACCAAUAUCAGAUGAUUAUCAAUACACUUUAAGUACAUUCCAAAAAAUCAUCCGUGCUAAUAAUCAAUUCGAUAUCAUUUACAAAUUUUUUGAAAUAUUAUGCACAUUUUUAAGAAACUCAACUAAAACUAAGCAUGAUAUUAAAACAUUAUCAAAAUCAAUCACGCCAACAUUAUCUCAAGAAAAAGUUUCAUUGAAAAAUAAUGACAGAAUUGCAAUAGGACAAAGAUUCAUCAAGAACUUAUUGGACAACUGGGAUUCAAUAGUAAGAGAUAUUACUUCAAGUUCCAAACCAGUACCACAAACACCAGCUCCACGUAAAGUUUCUUUCCAUAAAAGGGUUCCAUCUAUUCAAAGAACUGAGCCAAAAGCCCUACCAGACACCCCAAACCCUAAAAGACAUGCAUCCACUUCAUCAAUGAUUUCAAUUUCAAGUGAAUUUAGUUCUUCAUCUGAUGAAAACAUCAUCAUUGAAACUGAACCGAUCGAGACUACAAAGACAACCUCAGGAAAUGAGUUGAAAGUACUAGCUGAUGUCACUUCAUCGUUAAACAAAUCUACAAACGGUCCAAUGAUCAAUAGAAAGAAACAGAGUAAAGUGGUCAGUAAAUUUAGUGACGGUUAUAGCUCCAUCGAGGGACAAAAGAAGGUGAACCAACUGGCCAAGCUUUACGAGGAACGUUUGAUGGGAUUACAGAUAAUGAAGGACAUUGAUUCAUGA